AUGAGAAACGAUUCUGCUAAUGGAACAACGCGGGAUACUUUGUCUGGACAAAAUAAGUUUUUGAACUCUGAGGUCCUUAGAGUCAGUGCGAAAUGCGACCAGCUCGAGAACGAGUUGACCAGAAUCAAAAAGUGAGAACUUUUUCGGCAAAAGCUAAAUGUAAAAUUUUCGACGUGGUUCUGAAUAUGACUGCGCUUCCAAAUCUUGGCUUCAGAUUGGAGUUGUACGCUAUCAACUUUUCCAGAAAAAAACAGAUUAGCGUGUUUUUUUUUCACCGAUUUGAACAGCAUUGACCUAAAUUUGUAUAUUUUUAACAGUGAAAAUUCGGUCAAUUUUGCUAAGAUCGGUCCAUACAACUUACGCGUCUUUUUUUUCACUCUUUCAAUUAAAUUUUGAUGUUUCGCAAGUUCAGAGACUAUCAUCAAACCCAUGAAGACUUGCAAACACUCCGCUGUGACUACAUCUACGCAAUACAGUCUGCGAUUCAAAUACCAUUGCAUGAUAACUCUGGUCUCGACGUCAUGAACGUAAAGUUGAUUGGAGGGGAAACUGUGAGUCAUCAAUGUUAGAAAACCCCUUAGCGAAAAAUAUCAGCAUGUCGAUCGAAUUUUGAAACUUCUCGCAGAAGCAAGAAGAGAAGAUCCCAGUCUUCCCACACUCAAAAGGUGUGCUGAAUGUAGUUUUCCGGUUUCAAAAGAACUUUGGACAGUGUGCUGCAAGGGUCUUACGUAGACUCGUUCGGUUUUCGUGUCUGCUACAAAGAGGAGCCAUUGGCGCUACACUAUCUAGCCACCAAACUACAUCAUUUCUAUUUAUCACGUUCGAGUUCAUUUGUGGAGCACAAGCUAGAAUGGAGGAACUUUCUGGAAGAGCAAACGGAAAUAGAACUGACGGUGAGUCAACUUCAAUCAUUGAUAAAUUUUCUUUGAGUUCAUCGCAGGUCUUUAAAAGAAAAAAAAUUAAUUGGAAAAAUACACAUAAAAUAACAGAAUUCUCUUAAACUGGAACUAAAACCGAAAACUGAAUAAAACAUGUUUCCAGAAAGAAACGAAGCAUCUUUGUCGAAAUGGAAUCCCCAACUCUUUACGCUCGACAGUUUGGAAAAUUUUGAUAAAUCAGCAGGUGAGGGCCUUUAUGCUUCCAAUUUUAUCAGAUUCAUACAUUUCAAGGUUGAUGAUUUGAAACUGCUUUACGGGAAAUAUUACUACAGAAAUCUGUGCAACACACGAGGAGGAGAAGACGAGCAAAAAGUUCGAACAAAAUGCAGAAAUUUGUACGAAAAAUUGUUUCAGUUUUCGGAAAACCAUCAAAAGCAGAUAAAUCUCGAUUUAUUGCGGACCAUGCCGAAUAACGUUCAUUUCAUGUCAGCUACCAGCAAAGGGGUAUGGAAACUUCUUCGAUCUGAUCUGUUAAAUUAAUGUUCAGAUUAGCCAGCUACAGCAGGUUUUGCGAGCGUUUUGCCUUCAUAAUCCUGAAAUUGGAUACUGUCAAGGAAUGAACUUCUUGACAGCGACCGCUUUGCUUUUUGUUGGACCUGAAGUCUCAAUUUUUUCUUUGAACAAUGAAAACAAUGGUUUAAGGAUGCGUUCUGGUUUUUGAUAGCCAUAACGGAAAAGUAUUUCGACAAAACUUACUUCGAUAGUAACCUCACAGGAGCACAAGCCGAUCAAGUAUCCUGGGUUUUUUUGGCUUUGCCAAGUUUUUGGUUUUUCAGGAAGUAUUGAAAGAAAUGCUGGAAGCUCAACAUCCGAGAAUAACGAGACAUCUGAAUUCAUUGGAUAUCGACGUUGCUUCAAUCAGUUUGAACUGGUUCAUUGCCCUAUUUUUCGAUGCUGUCCCUUUCAACGUAAUCUUAAAAAUCUUGAAACUGUUAAUAAUCUAAUUACAGACAAUGCUGAGAAUUUGGGACUGUUUUCUAUUGGAAGGACCAAAAGUGCUUUUUCGGUUCGCUUUGGUUCUUUUGGGUGAGCUUUUCACAAAUUUCAUCUCUCAAUUCUGAUUUUCAGGCAAGCAUGAGAACGAAAUAAUCAGUAGGAAUGAUGCUAUCGGGAUAAUGCGUGUUUCAAAAGCGGCUAGUAGAUUGGCAUUCGACGAACAUGCAGUCGUGGAGGUUGUUUUGAUGAUAAAUAUUCAGAAAUUGACUUGUUUCAGAUGGCUUUUUCCAUAAAAAACCUUCCAACUCGAGCUGAAUUGAAAACUUUGCAAACUCAGUACGUGGUAGCUUUGUCAGAAAAGCUCGAACGAAGGUCGAAACGAGCUGCUGCCUUUGUCGUUAGUUGGAAUUCAACUCGGCUCAAGCUUAAUUUCUUUCAGAACAGCAUUUCCCCAAGGUCAAACAACCGUCUUAUUUCCAACAUUUUCAUGAACGAGUUCUGUAGUUCAAGCGGUAACCAACUUGUCUGAAAUUUAAAAAAUACGGGCCUUGUUCCAGGAUUCAUAGUCUCGGGACAUCAUAUGAUGGGAAAAGUUGCGAAGAUUCAAAUUCAAAACGACAAAGCUGAAAUCAAAGAAAUCGACAUUGAAGUGAGACAAUCUUGAAAUUUCAUCAAAAAUAAAGAUUUUCAGUUUGACUGCCGUGUGAUGUCGAUUUGCAUGGCUCAGCGUGAUUUGGUCUACGUCAGUUUGAUUUCAGGAUUUUUGAUUCUGGCUUACGUCGAUUCUAUGGAUAAUUGGUGAAAUUUUCGUAUCAGAUUUUUCAAAUUUCAGUGAACCUAUACUAAAUCCUCUUUUAAAAUUUGAAAAAACCAAAUGAGGAGUUUUUUUAGUUUCAUUAAAAUAGACUUUUUUCCAUGAAGAAAGACCACGGUUUAUUUUUAGUUUUCACAUUAAAAAUACAGUAGACGAAUAUGGAGCGUGGGAAUUGAAAUUUUGCACUUUUGGUUCAAAUUCCCAACAACAAAACUAUUUUUAGGAGCAUUAUGUGGGAGCUGAAACUACCGGACGUGGCCGUCUGUCUGAUCCAAAGAGACGGGACGCUUUUUGCAGCGCUCGCCAAUGGAACUCUAUCCGUUUUCGAAGUAACAUAAAAGCUUUCAUGAAGCUUGAUGAGAGGAUCUUUCCAGAAUGCUUGCGAAAAAUGGCCAACAAACGUACAAAUGUGGCAUUUGCCUUUGAGCUCUGCACCUUUGGUGAAUGCCGUAAUUCAAGACGACCUCUUGGUGGUCGCCUCUUCUUGCAAGCUCAUCACUCUCGAUGCUUUGUAUUUCUAGAAUUCGAGUUUCAAGGUUCAAGAAAGUUUCCAGAUCCCUCACAAUAUUGAACACAACUCACGUGGCAUCCUGCAGUGCCAGUUCUGGAAACAUUUAUUUUGACAAAGUAUCCCAUCUUCAAAUUUCACUUGACUUUUUUUAUAUUUCAGAUAAGCUGUAUGUGUGACUCGCCGUACGGAAUAUUUCUAUCAACGGAUCAGUCGACUCUCAUUCAACUGUGGAAUGAAGUCACAUGCAAUUUAUUGUACGAAGUGUCUUUUGACCACAAGAACAGGUGAUCGAAAAAAGAUAAACGAUCCUCAAAGACUUUUCAGAAAACCUUCGCUUUUUGAAACGGAAAGCAACGUGCACAUCAAUUCUAUUUUGUACAAUAGCGGUUUCUUGUGGAUCGGCACAUCGGAUGGUUAUGUCAUUAUUUACAACGUUUUUGACGAUGGUUUGCAAGAAGCUGAUGGCAUUCAAUAUCGCUUGAAAAGGUAAAAAACUUGAUCUCUAAAAAAACCGGUGAAAUUUGUCAGAUUCUCUUCGGAGAGAAAAUACGCAAGAACCAGCCAGAUGAAACUCCAAAAAUUGGGUUCUUUGAAAGAACACAGAGAAGAAGAUUCUGAUGACUCCGAUCACAUGGGCGUCUUCUCCCACAGAGUCAGAAUCAACAUCGACCCCGAGAAACAGCAGUACAAAGGUUUUAAAAUGAGGGUUACGGCGUAAACACUUUUUUUUCCAGUGGCAUCAGUUACAGUGGACAAAGAAGAAGAAGAUGAUGAGGGUCUUCAACAGGGCAGCUCGAGGUAAGAUAAUGCUUUUUCAAGCUCGAAACGUCUUCGUUCACUAAUAACGCAUGAAUUAUCAUUUUCGCACUUUCAGAGUGAACAGCGCCUGCGCGAAAAUUCUGCGGUCUCCUUUGAAUAAAGGCUUGAGUGGCGACUCGGCUGUGUCCGUUUUCAGCUCAGGUUCACGAUUAUUCCAAUAUUUUCCUCAAGAUAUAAAUUUUGAAGAGCCUUGCGUCGAACAAACCACCCUCGAAAAUCGAGUCGAUGAUCUGUUUCUACAACCGAAAAUGGCCUUACAUCAUCCUCAUAACAGGUUUUUUCAACAAAAAAAAACUUUCUAAGAAAAUUUUCAGGAUUGCUUCUACCGACUCGAGCUGCACCUCUAUGGAAUACGACGACAUUUUUGAACUAUACUCGGAUGAGGACAGAUCUCGACGCAGAGUUGCAAUAACUUCUCCGAAGAGAAUAGGUUCCCUCGGAAAUGUAUUUGAAGCACUAAAUGUAUUUAAGGUUGUAAUAAAAAGAUACAGCUCAAAAGGAAAGACUUGGCCUUCGACGAGCCUUACAUCGUCCCGAUACCAGGUUUUCGAAAAAAAAUUCGGAAUUUUUAAUUUUUUUUUUUUCAGUGAAAGGAACCAGUAGAGAUUCUGCGUGCGACGCGGAUACAAGCAUAGUGUAAACAUGAACUUAGGAAAACUUUAUUCAAUUCCAAGUUCAGGUUUCCAAAAGUCCGGCUUUCUUUAUUGAUGAAACUGAAGGUUUCCGAUUCGUCCGUCCGUAAAAUUGUGGCAAAAAGGUGAUAUGAAAUUAAUUUUUGAUUUGACAGAUUUUUUUUUAGCGAAUCCCAUGUUUUGACAUGCUCUGGAGAGUUCGGAGCGGAUGAAGCAGUUUUGUUAUGGAAACAAGAUCCUGAGUCGGUGGGUUUGAACCAAGAAAAAAAGCCAAAAAGAACGAUUUUUUUCUUGAUCGAUUCAAAUUGAAUCAAAUUCAAGUUUUCUUCAAUUUCAUAUUUUUCUCAACCCCAUUUCCAACCAAAAAAUUGAUCAAUUAUUGUAAAUCAAGAGACCGAGCAAGUUUUUGAACGUUUUUUGAAGUUCUAAACUAUGUACCUGCAAAUGACAUCAAAAGAAGCCAAGAAAAGAAGUGUAGUCUUAUCAAGGACUGAUUCCAAUGUACGUGCGGUAUUGACAACAAAAAACUUGCAGUUUCUCUGGUACAACGAUCCAGUGAUAACGCAUGGCGCCACAAAACAAUCGACAUCACCCAACAGAGUGACUCGUAG